AUCUCUUCACUGUUGCUUUUGACUACUUUUUUGGCUAUAAAAAUCGCGGACUCGGCAGGCAUUCCACUCAGUUCAAGUUGUGUCCGCGAAACGUUAAACAUGAGAUUCAUUGGAAGUGUCUGCCUGCUGGCCAUGGCCAUCUUUCUGCUAGCCAGCGUGAAUGCGCUACCAGUCCAAGUGCAGUGCAAUGAUGGCAGCAAUGCAACUCACACCCAGACCUCGGCAGAUGGCCAACAGACGCAGACGCAAACUGGACCCGGCUGCCAAACACAAGUCUCGGGAGAUGGACAGCAGAGCCAGAGCCAGAAUCAAACGGGCAAUGGCACCCAGACCCAAACACAGUGCAGCGGUUCCGAUUGCGCACCACUGCCGCCCCUCUUCACACUGAAGCCACUCGAAUGGAACACCAUGAAGCCCCUCGAAUGGAACACCAUGAAGCCCCUCGAAUGGAACACUUUUGCACCAAUGCAGCCGUGGAAUUAGAUAUAGACUUUUGAACUGUACGCAACAAAUAUGCCUCACAUCUGUCCAAGUUCCCAACAUUUUUGAAUAUACACAAUAUAUAAUUCA